GGUUCUGGCAUGAUUACAACUGUGGAUUUGAAUUCGGUUCUAUUUGUAAGCGCAGUAGCUCACCUCCUGUCAAUGCCACCGUGGCUCCUACAGUCCCACCUCAAGGUAACUGCAAAGAAGGCUGGAAGAGGAUCAACUCCAAGUGUCUGAAAUGGCGAACACCAAAUAGAGACCUGUGGAUUGGUAUUCAUUGCUCGUAUGGCAAUGGGUUUUACUGGACCGAUGGACGGCCAAAGUCUUAUGUCAAUCUUGAUAAUUCUUUGUAUAUUGCAUUUCGAAACGAGAAAAAAUGUGCUGUGAUCAACGGUAAUCCUUCAUAUGGACUUGGAAAAUGGAUACCUAAAUCCUGCAAUGACACCAAUGGAUUUAUUUGUUUAAGUGGCUUACAACCAAAUACACCUGAAACAACUACACUAUCAAAUCCAGAUAAUUACUUCAAAAUCCUAAAUGAUUCCAUCAAGCUUGUCACCCAGCAAAAGAGUUGGUCUGAUGCUCAGAAGACCUGUGAAGCUGACGGUGCCAAGCUGGUCAGUGUACGGAGUGAGUGGACACAGGCUUACAUUGAGCUGCUGGCUUUGAAUCUUAAACGUCCUCUGUGGAUUGGACUCAAUAAAAACCAGACUAAUAACUACUUCCAAUACAUAGAGGGCUGGCCAUUACUUUUCACCCGCUGGGAUAGGAAUGAACCACGUAUAGGGGGAAUUUGUGUUUAUGUGGAUGUUAAUGGAAAAUGGAAAACCAGUGAUUGCAAUCACAACUUCGGCAGUGUUUGCAUGAAGUCCACAGACACACCGCCAGAAGUUAAAUCAGACGAUUAUCCUGGAAUUUGUCCAGAAGACCCAUAUCCAGGUAGGACUGGAUACGGGGCUUCUGCUUUCAUAUGGCCGAAGUCGGUGGCAGACCUGGAAACCUUUCAGAAAUUUUUGCUACCUAUUUUCUCUGAAGAGAAAGAGUGGCAAGAUGCAACUACUAGCUGUCUGUCACAUGGUGGAACCCUUGCCAGCAUUGGAGAUCCCUGGGAACAGGAUUUCAUACUUAAUAACAUUAAAACAUUUCAAAACUCAUAUACAUCUUAUUGGCUGGGCCUGUUCAAAACUACUAAAGGAGAAUGGAUGUGGUUGGAUAAGACGGUCAUGGAUUUUGAAAACUGGCGAGAGUAUCCGAUUUACUACUUCGGCAUGAUUAGUGUAUCAGACGGGAAAUGGCAUACAGGGUUUCAAUGGCAAAAAAGACCAUACAUCUGUAAAGCAGCCAAAGUGUUACCUCCAAAGCCAUCACCCAAACCAAAUGUUGCCAUUGAUCCUCAAGGUCGGGGUCACACAGCUUUAGUAGCUGUGUUUGUCAUUGCUGGGAUUGCAAUGGGAGCAGGUAUUGCUUUCUUCCUGUUCAAGAAGUCUGGUCGUCAGAUGACUCUCAUACCAAUCCCUGGAGGGUUAACGGCCUUUGACAACCCGCUUUUCAGCAGCAACCAGUCACAGAAAAAUUUGGUGGACACUAAAAAACUGCUGGGGAACGCAGAUGAAGAUAACAGUCAACCUGUAAUAACUAUAUAAUUGUAAAAGACAGCAGAUGGUGCAUGGACGUAUUCUCUGUUAUGGCUGCUUAGGAUCAAUGUAAAUGCAAAGAAUGAUUUAUACAAGAAGAUGGUGUAACAAUUAAUUAACUGGAAUGUUAAUUCAAGUAGCUUGGAUGUAUGUUGUAUUCUAACUACUGCAAAAGUUUAAUUGCCUACUGAGAAAGAAGACAUGAACACUCGUUGACUCAAAGUAGUCAUUCAUUUAGAAAUGAUGCAACACCUCUCCAAAUAUUAUUAUUAGAAAAAUGUGUUUGCAAAAAGGAUCAAACAAGACAGAAUUCACAAAAGGUAGAAAGUCUCUAUAGAUGUUUGCUUGUAAUUCAAUUCCCAGCAUGGAGAAAAUGCAAAGUUAUACAGUUGGUAGGUCAGAGCAUUCUCUGACUAACAAAGGAAGUUAUCUUGCUACACUUCCUAUGUGAUUUGUGCAGAUGUAAGGUGUUUUUUUGCAGUCCUGCAAAAGCACUUAAGACCAUUGGUUUCUUAUCUUUGCUGACAGUCCUCCAGUAGGAAAUGAACUUAUGAACUUAGCUUCCUUGCAUCUUUAAUGUUGCAAUGUGUAAGUUUCACUUCAGCAGUCAAUAUGUAAUGUUAUUCUGAAACCAGGAUAUGUCUAGAAGCAUAAGGUCAAAAGGCACCAAAUGAGUAAAUGAUGAAUCAAGUGAAUGUGAUCAAUAAAUGACAAUUAACAAGUAUUUUUUCCAACAGUUACAAAAAAAAA